AUGACAACAAAAUAUAUUCUUUACUACACGAACAUUUUUGGCGUAGAUGAUUUUUACCUUGGUUCCGGAGAUAUUUUUAAAGACUGUCCGGUGAAUAAUUGUUACACCACUAGAGACAAAAACUUGAUGCCGAUCGAACAAUUCGACGCUUUAAUAUUUCACGGAUAUCAGUAUGAGUUUCGUUUUGGAAAACCCGAUAAAAGAUCGCCUCAUCAACAUUACAUAUUCUUCAACAUGGAAUCUGCGGGGAAUACGAAAAACUUGAACGAGUUUGCAAGGUUUUAUAACUGCACGAUGACCUAUAGAUACGAUUCCGAUAUUUACCAUCCAUACGGAACUAUAGUGAAAAAAGACACAAGCUAUACUCCACCAUCGGCGGAAUCGAUUGAAAAAAGGAGAAGUAAAAUAGCAUGGUUUGUCUCCAACUGCAAAACGUUGAGUUUUAGGGAAAAUUUGGUCAGGGAAAUGCAGAAAUACGUGGACAUAGACAUUUAUGGGCAAUGCGGCGAUAAAAUUUGCUCAAAAGACUCUCCCGAAGAAUGUUACAAUCAUCUAGAAGAAAACUACAAGUUCUACCUUUCAUUCGAAAACACUGUGUGUAACGAUUAUGUGACGGAAAAACUCUUUUAUAUACUCCAAAAAAACGUUGUGCCCAUAGUGUACGGGGGUGCCGAUUAUAAUAUUGUUGCCCCCCCAAAUUCAGUGAUAGACGUCAGUAAAUUUCAAACAGUUCCUGAUUUAGUGAGUUUCGUAAAAAAAUUAGACAGUAAUGUAAGUGCUUAUUUGGAAUAUUUCGAGUGGAAAAAACAUUAUGUUGUGGAUACAAGUAACACGAACACUUUGUGUACGUUGUGCGAAAAAUUAAACGAAAAAUCUCAUAGGGUUUAUAAUGACAUGCAAAUGUGGUGGAGGGGUGUAAACGGGGCAGAAUGUACAAGUUUUCCAAAAAUAAUAAAGUCGUUUAUGUAG